CAUAUUUCCUCAUCAAAUAUACUUGCAUUUCUCUUCUUAAUUAGCAUUCAUUGCACCUUUUCUUGUACACAUACAAUUUUCUGCUAAUCACUAGCAAAUCCUAAGUUACAAAUUUUGGCAAUAACAAUGUCGAUGCAAAUGCAAUCCCUCCUUGCUAACCCUGUUGGCUCUUUUGCUAAUGGCUCGAGAAUGACCAGCAUGGUGUCUCCAUUAGGGUUUUAUCCUAGAAUGAGUAACCGUGUUAAUUUUGCAGUGAAGUGUAUGGCCGAGGAGGGAGGUCAGGGUGAACCGAAGCUUGACUCUGGUUUACCAAAGACAACUCCUCCUAUGGCGGCUUCACCUACCCCUACUCCAACUCCCAAGCCUCAACCAAAGGUAAGCACAAGCUUCGCAGACUUGUUCGCCUUCAGCGGGCCAGCACCAGAGAGGAUCAACGGACGCCUCGCUAUGAUCGGUUUCGUAGCAGCCAUAGCCGUAGAAUUAUCCAAGGGAACAGAUUUAUUCUCCCAGAUUUCCGACGGCGGAGCACAGUCGUUCCUAGCAACCAGCAUCCUUCUUUCAGUAGCAUCACUUGUGCCAUUGUUCAAAGGAAAGAGAGCUGAGGCAAAAACAGAUGGUUUGAUGAAUGCCAACGCUGAGCUAUGGAAUGGUAGAGUUGCUAUGUUAGGCCUUGUUGCCUUGGCUUUAACUGAAUUUGUCAAAGGUGGAGCACUUAUAUAAGCAACGUUACGUUACGUUACGUUAUUGUAUGCAUCCAUCACUACCAAAUUGAUUGAUUAACUUUUUUAGUGUAUAUUGAGUUUGAUCUUUUGUAGAUAGCUAGGACAUGUUAUAUGGGAUAUAUGUUACAAGUUAAAGACAAAGUGAUUAGUUCACUCUACAAUGUUACGUUAAAGUAUUCCUGUGGCCGUGUUGUGGUCUAUCAUUUGUUGAUAAGAAAGUUCUAAAGAUAUGUUUGUAUACUAAAGAAAUUUUUGUAAUGGAUGAAAUCUUAUCAGUAUUAUUGUUCAA